UCUGGAGCCGCGAGCAUGAACUGCCGAGAGGGGAAGGACAGCAGCUGCGGCUGUGGGGACCUGGGCGAGAAGAAGAUGCUCAAGUGUGUGGUGGUCGGGGACGGGGCUGUGGGCAAAACCUGCCUGCUCAUGAGCUACGCCAACGACGCCUUCCCCGAGGAGUACGUGCCCACCGUGUUUGACCACUAUGCAGUUACCGUGACAGUGGGAGGCAAGCAGCACUUGCUGGGACUGUAUGACACCGCAGGACAGGAGGACUACAACCAGCUGAGGCCGCUCUCCUACCCCAACACGGACGUGUUUCUGAUCUGCUUCUCUGUCGUCAACCCCGCGUCUUACCACAACGUCCAGGAGGAGUGGGUCCCGGAGCUGAAAGACUGCAUGCCACACGUGCCUUACGUCCUCAUCGGGACCCAGAUCGAUCUCCGUGAUGAUCCAAAAACCUUGGCGCGUUUGCUGUACAUGAAGGAGAAACCUCUCACCUAUGAGCACGGCGUGAAGCUGGCCAGAGCGAUUGGAGCCCAGUGCUACCUGGAAUGCUCGGCCCUGACCCAGAAAGGUCUUAAAGCAGUUUUCGACGAAGCCAUCCUCACCAUCUUCCAUCCCAAGAAAAAGCAGAAACGCUGCUUGGAGUGCCGCGGCUGCUGCUCCAUCGCUUGA